AUGUCGGAUUUGGAUCACUUGUCUGCUCCAUUCUCCCAGGUAUCCUCGGACAACCAUGCUGCCUGGCUGCUUGCUACGAGUUACAUUAUGAUCCUAGUCUCCUUAUUGGUGACGGGCGUGCGCCUGAUUUGGAGAUACAGGAUCACUGGGAAGGUGUCCGUGGACGACUGGCUGAUAACCGCUUCCACGAUAUUAGCAGUCGCCCAAACAAUAUCCCUCACCGUGGCCUGCAAUCGCGGUUUAGGCAAGCAUGCCAAAGAUGUCUCGAUUGACUCGUAUGUGGAAUAUAGCAAGAGUUUCUAUGCAUCCCAACUUGGACUCAUGGCAGCCACUGGCCUCGCCAAAGCUUCUGCAAUCCAAACCGUUGCGGCGCUGAGACCCCAUGUGAGCGUCCUCCGCGCAUGCCACGGUUUGCAGAUUCUUAAUGCUUUGUGGAUCGUCGCCGGAAUCGUCGCCCUAGCCUUUCAGUGUUCUUUGCCCGCUCCCUGGGACUUCGGCCCCGAAAGAUGUAUCAAUCAAUACGCGUUGGUUCUCGGAUUGGGAGUCAUCAACAUCUUGACCGAUCUUGUCAUCAUCGCUUUGCCAGCAAUCUUGAUGUCCAAGGUGCAAAUUACAAACAAACAGCGAUGGACCGUCUCCGCACUCUUUGCUUGUAGAGUCAUCGUACCCGUCAUGACCAUUCUUGGGAUGGUUGCGAUGUACGAUUUCUUUCACUCCUCGCCCCCCGACCAGACUUGGCUGGGUGUCGUCCCCUCAAUCUACUUCCAGCUGAUGGUCAACUUCUCCAUCAUCUCAGCAUCGAUUCCGAGCAUCAAACGAUUCCUCGACCAAUUUCGAUCUGGCGCAUUUGCCGCUGAAGUGACGGUUGCCUUUGAAGAGAGUAGGGCCAAAGGAUAUUCCGGAUCCGGAUCGGGUUACACAAGUGGGAAGCAAGGGUCAGAGAACCCGGCCCAGGGCAAUGUAUCAGCGAGGUCGGCAAGAGGCUUUCCGGCCAGUGAGCCAGCCAAGGUUAAGGUCGAGCGCAGUGAAAGUGUUCGAGGACUCACCGACGAUAUCAUUAUGCACACAAUCGAUUUCAAGGUUGAAGUUGAAGAUGAGCAUGAAACAAAGGCGAGAUCCGAGGAAAGUGCGGCCCACUAUAGUAAUCUGAGAGGAAAAGAUGGCCCGGAGACUUCUUGGUAUGGAACAGCUCAUUGA